AUGUCACCUCCUGUACCUCUCGCUUCCACUCUCGUCAUCCGCGACAAUAUCAAUGAAGCGUUUAAGACUUAUGUCAACUCGAAGCCGACAUUCCAGCCCCUUGUUCUGCUCAGCAUGCUUUCUAGCAUCGCUGGACUCUGCGGGACUCUUGUCACCAGUGGCGAUCCCGCCAUUUUCACUGAUCACAACUUAUCGGAGCCUGUCUUCAUCGUUCGCCAAGAGUACAAUAGUCUCAAUGACUUGGACAAGUCCGUUACCGCUCCUGUAGGCUUCAAUGUCUGUCGGGACUUCUGUAAGAAGGUCCAGAUCAUCCGAGAUGCAGGAAACGCACAGAAGCGUGGCGCCGCUGAUAUCGCUGCAGCCCUCGCUGAUGUUAAACCCAAGCCUCGCCCUCGUAAAGCCGUGAAAUCCAAGGCUGUCAUCGACGACAAGGACGACGACGAGAUCGAGAUUAUUGGCGAUGUCGACGUCACAAUGGGUGCGUCUGAUGGUCCCAUUACUGCCGCUUCAGGUCCUGACGCCAUGAAAAUCGACAACCUCUUCAAUGGGGAAGUCGAAGCGAAGGUCGCUACCAAGGAUAAGGGCAAAAAGCGUGCCGCAAGCAAGUUCCCAUUCAAACGCGCAGAGACUGUGCGUAUUCCGUACGCGUCUGUCCCUGGCAUGGACACUAAAAAUCGUAUUUUCUUCAAGGCGACCGCUAUCGAGAAUGGUCAGGUUGCGUCGUCCAGCAACAAGCGGGCUCGGAUUGAUCCCUCUUCUGCCACUGACCUUGCCCGACCUUCAGCGUCGUCGCGUUCCAUCAAGGACUUUAUCACGCAGCGCACCCGCACCGUUCUCGACAAACCCAUGCCUGGCGAACCCACGCUGGAUUAUUAUUGUACUACCGAGCUGGACUUGCGAAACCGCGUCAUUACUGUCCUUCAGCAUAUGGACUUAGAGCUCAAACUCUUUGAAGUCGUCAAUGCUGAGUAUGAGACUGUUGCUGACUUGCUCAAAGAUUAUGAGGAAAUCGAGGCGUUUCUCGCUUAA